UUGACCACCCCCCACGUUCUCUCCCCUAAUCCUGCACUCUUCCCCCCAAUCCUCUUCCUCCGUCUACUCCAAUCUCCGAUCAAUCACCGGCGAAUCGCGAAAAAACCCUAGCCCAGUCCACACGAAAAUGACCACGUACGGCACAAUCCCGGCCUCCUCCUCCUCCACGCCGGCGGCCAACCUCGAGUACAUCGCCCGCGCCAAGGAGCGGAUCAGGUCCGGCCUCGCCGAGCGCCGCCCCUGGAAGCUCAUGUUCGACUUCCGCGCCCUCCGGUUCCCCGCCAACUUCCCCGACGCCCUGUCCAGAGUGCGGACCAACCUCUCCUUCUUCCGCACCAACUACGCCAUGGUCUUCCUCCUCAUCCUCUUCCUCAGCCUCCUCUGGCACCCGAUCUCGCUCAUCGUCUUCAUCGUCAUGAUGGCCGCGUGGCUCUUCCUCUACUUCCUCCGGGACGAGCCCCUCGUGGUGUUCGGCCGCACGAUCGACGACCGCGUGAUCCUGGCCGUGAUGUCGGUGCUCACGAUCGUGUUCCUGCUGCUGACGCACGCGACGGUGAACAUCCUGGUGGCGAUCCUGAUCGGGGCCGUCGUGGUGGUGCUGCACGCGGCGAUGAGGAAGACGGACGACCUGUCCGGCGACGAGGAAGCCGCGGGGACGCGUGGGCUGAUGGGGAGCGUCGGAUCGCCAUCUUCGUGACCCUUUGGACUGUUUGUUGUGACUCGAAUUUUUUCGUUUUUUUCUUCUUUUAUUUUAUUUUUUCACACCGAUUCGCCUCUUUUUAUUUGUAAUUUUUAUUUAUUUCCCGAUUGGAGUGGCUUCGUGUUUUGUACGACAGAGGUUCGAUUAGGAAAAGGUGUUCGUCUUCCUCGGAUUCUACGAUUUUAGUUAUGUUUGCGUGGGAAGUUUGGGAGUUGGAUGAACAAAAUGUUGGCAAUUUCAGAUUUUGUGUGUGUAAGUUUAGGCACUCUGUAUACACCUCUCGAAUUAGAUGCGCAACGUUGGUGUGUUUGUGUGCGAUGCAUUUCAAUAAACGAGACGGCCCAAAUUCGGGAUCCGAGGGGA